GAAAGAAUAAAUACAAAACCGUUUAAGUUUUCAACCGACCCUCCCACAAGAGCCACAUGUAGAAGAAAAGAAUAUUAUAUGCUCAUUUUGAGACAAUAUAAUGAUCAAAGCCUCAUAUCUCACAUCAUGUUCCUGCUCUAUUACUCAUUAAUUUAAAAUUUUAACGUUUUACCCUUUUGAACCAUUUUUUCCCAUCCUUGUUCUUUUAAGCAAAUAUUAAUUCUAGCAGCAACGAAGAUGGAGCUUGCAUUAGGGCUUAAAAUCACAAAAACUAGAGAUGACAUUGCUUCCAUCUCUGAGUAUCAAUUGGCCAAGGACAAAGGACCGGUCUUUCAGUCUAGAGAAACAAACACCAUGUUCAUCCUCUCUGCCUAUCUUAAAGGUUAUAAAAGGAAUGAUAUUGACAUCAAGAUUAGUAAAGAUGGUAGUAAGAUAUCAAUUAGUGGAAAGAAGCCAAUUCAGGAACUGUUGAUGAUGGGAUGGGUAAUGCACAGGAAAGAGGUUAAAAUUACAGGGUUCAAUAGGGUUUUCAAGAUUCCUGAUGGGGUGAAUUUGGAUAAAAUCAAAGCAAAGUAUGAUGAAGAGGAAUGGAGUAUAAAUAUUUUCAUGCCAAAAUUGGUAAAAGGAAUUUGUGGGGUUAGGAUAGAAGAGGUCAAGGAAGAAGAAUCUGAAGAAAGAGGGAAAUCAGCUCAAGAGAAAAAUGAAACUAUACAUGAUCUUAGCUGUGUUGGAGAGACAAGCCAAAAAGGAUCUAAAGAAGGAGUGGAGGGUAGUGAAAGUUUCAUGGAGAAUGGAGUAUCUGAUAAGAUGCUUGAUGAUGCCAAUAAGGAAAUAAAUAGGGAGACAAUACAAAAUGAAGUAGAGACAUCCAAUUUGGGAAUUGAUGGAAAUGGAGAAAGUGUGAGGGAAAAGGUUGGCCAGGAAGGACAUGAAGUAAUGAAGAUAUCAGAGCAUGACAAAAGUAUUGCUGUACUUGUUUCCCAGAAGCUUGAAGAUAGAAGCCAAGAUAAAGAUUCUGAGGUUCAAAAGUUGAAGGAGAGUGAAAAUGUUGAGAAGAAGGAAAGAGGGGUAUCGGACAAGAAGCUUGAUGAUGCCAGUGGGGACAUAACUAGAAACAGAAGCCCAAAAGAAAUAGAAGAAACUAUGUUAAGGAUUGAGGAUGCAAAGGUCAAAGGGAUGAGAGAAAGGGAUAGAGAGGCACAAUCUGUAGCAAUGAAGACAUCAGAAAUAGAGCAAGAUGUAGGUGCAGGUACCCCACAGAAAAUUGGAGAUACAAGUGGACAUAAGGAUUCUGAUAUUGGAGGAAUGAAGGAGAAUGGAAGUUUUGUGGAGAAGAAGGAAAAAAUGGUAUCUGAUAACAGGAUUGAUGAUGACAAUGGAAACAUAAAUGAAGAGAAACAAAAGGGGGAAACUAUAAGUACUGUGGAGAAGAUGGAGACAGAGGAAACUAGCAUGAUAAUGAGGGCCAAUAAUAGUCUUACUGAGGAAGAUACAUAUGGAGAGUCUAAACAAAAACAUUUUGGAGAACCAGUAUGUGAAGCUGAGGAUAGAGUUAAAGAAAGAGUGAAAGAAAGUAGUGUUGAAAGAUUAGAAGAAAUGAAGACAUCAGAACUUGAUGAAACUGUUUCUAAUCAUAUUCCUAGCAACAUUGUUGGUGCAAGCUUAAAAGAAGAAUUUAAAGAACCUAAGAUUCAACAAAUGGAGAAAACUGACAGCAAUGAAGGGAAAACUGAUGGAGGGGUAUCUGAAAGGAUGCAUUUUGAAGCCAAUAAGGAAACUCAGAAAACUAUAUUUGGAGAUACCAUUCACAAGGACAUAAAGAAGCCAAAGAUUGAAACUGAGGGUGGAGAUCAAGAAUGUGUUAGAGAAAAGGUUGUUAAGGAAGAAUUUGAUAGAGUGAUAAAUUUAUGUGAAGAGUUUCCUAAGCAGUUACCCAAAGGUAGUAAUGAGGAAACUGAAGUAAUAGAUUUUACAAAAUUAAAAGAAGCAAAAGAUGUCAAAGAAGAAAUGGUCAAAAGAAAGGGGAAAGAGAUUGAAUAUUUUCUGGAGAAGGGUGAAGGUGAAGGACCCAAAGAGAUGCCUUUGGAAGCAAAGGAAGGAAAAACAAAAGAGGUAAUGCUAAAGGAAAUUGGGAAGAGUAAGAAUGGAACUAAGGAUAGUGGUAAACAACAAGUACUUGAAAAUACUGGUAAAGGAAGAUUUGAUGUAUCAAACAGUAUAUCUGAAGAGCUGCCAAAGCAGGUAGCAGAGCAAGAUGGGAGCAAAGGAUUCAAGGUUGCAAAUAUGGAAGAACUAAAAGAGGUGAUCAAAGAGGAAAUGGCUGAAAAUGAAAGUUCAAUGGCAAAGGUGGAAGGAGAAGCAUCAAAGAAGAGAACUGAGGAAGUUAUUGAGAAAAGCACAGUAACUGAGACCUUAGAGAAGGAAACUGAGGGCUCUAAGAUUAAAAGAAAGGCCAUAGAUAAACCACAUAAAGGAGCGUUAGUACUAAAGGAUCCUGUGACUCGAAGUAAGGGGAAAGGUCAACAUGGUUUGCAAAAUGACAUGAGUAAAGGAAGGUUCCAAGCAAGCGAGGCUUCUAAAGAAGAGUUUCCAACAAAGAAAAUAGAGUCACUAGAAAGUACAAGAGAGGGACUGCAGGAUACAAAGAUAGAAGAAUCAAAAGAAGGGACAGCCAAGAAAAAGAGUAUGGAAAAGAUGGAGAAAUCAGAUUAUGGCAAAGAAGAGGGUGCAAAAAUUGAGCAACUUGUGAAAAAAGUAAGAGAAAAGAAAUAUGAAAAGGUCCAAGUUGAAGAAGAUGGUGGUCUGAGGAAAGAUAUAACUAGGGAGAACACACAUGAAGAAACACAAGAGCCUAAGGUUCUAGGUAAGGAAAAAAAUCAGCAUUGUUUAUAUGAAGAGAUGGGGAAAGGAACAUAUGAAGCCAGCUCUACAGCAAGAAAGUUUCCUAUGAAAGUUGCAGAUUCACUUGGAAAGACAAGAGAGGGAUCAAAGGAUAAAGAGAUAGAAGAAUCAGAAGAGGUCAAAGGAGAUGAGGCGAUAAUAAUGAGUGGGGAGACAGAACUUUUUGGUUCUACAACAAAGAAAAAAAUUGAAGAGUCUCAGAGUGGAAGAACUGCCCAGACUUUGCAAGAAGCACCAGAGGAAAAACAUCCAAAAGCAGUAGAGAAAAGAACUCCUGAAAGAGAUUUGCAAUCUGCAAAAGUAGAAGGUAAGGAAUUGAACGAGGUUGAACAAGGGAGUGCACAGGAUAAGAGACAGAAGACAAAGCUGCUACCUCCAACAAUUCAAAGCAAUGAGACUCAUGAAUCAAAGAAUGAUCAAAGUGCCAGCCAAGGUACUUUACAGCCAAAGAAAUCAAAACAUGUGGGAGAAAGACAACAAUACACUAAUGACAAAGAGAUCACCAAAGAGGUUCCAACUAUAGAAGAUCAAGUGGAUAAACCAUCAUCAGUAUCAUGGUUUCCAUCAACUCAGCAAUCCCAGAUAGAUGAGAAAGAUAAACUAUAUGAAGGUAGUGCAGCAAAAUAUAAAGCAUCACAAGAAUCACAAAAGGAAGAUCCUACUAAAGAGAUGCAAAAUUUAAUUGAAAUGAAGGAGAACCAAGAAUGUAAACAAACGGAAAAAUUGAAGCCAAAAAAUCCUCUAGAGAAGAACUAUAAGAAAGGAGAAGUCAUUACAAAAGAUGAACUUCACAGAAGACAAAAAGGGAGGGAGACAAUUCAAGAAGAAACUGCAGAGCCUAAAAUUAAAAUUGAUGAUAGAGAUCAACAAUAUGUGCCAAUGGAUUUUGGCAAGGUAGUUGUAAAAGUACUUACUAUAGAAAAUGAGAUGAUCGAAAAAGAAUAUGUAGCAGAUGCUAGCCCAAUAGCUGAACCUGAAAGGAUGGAAAUCAAAAGGGACUUCAGUGCAAAUCUUAAAAGAGAUGACAACACUACUGAAAAUGUUAUUGAUGAGAAGCCCAAGUUACAGGAGGAAAUUCUAAAAGCUGAUAAUGAAAAGGUGGAUACAAUUAAAUGCAUCUCAGAGUCUAUGAAAACCUCACAAGAGAAAGAGCUUCAUAUGAAAUCAGAAGCUUUUGAGAAAGAAGCAGAGUCUUCACUUGAAAGUGUAGAAAGUGUGGGAGUUGAAGAGGCGGUUCCGAAAAAUCAGAUUGAAGAGCUACAGCAGAAAGACUUGUCACCUCUAACAGAAGAAAUGAGAAGCAAAGAGCCUCUAGAAUUUGAAAAACCAGUUAUAGAAUGGAAAUUUCCAAAGACAAAAGGGGAUGGCCCUUUACUAGAAUCGAGAGAGAGGGAACGAUAUGGUUACAGCUCCGAAGACACUAAAGCUGCAAAAGAAGAGAUGCCAAAAAAAGUACAACAAUAUGUUCCAAUAGAUUUUGGCAAGGUAGUUGUAAAAGAACUGACUAUAGAAAAUGAGAUGCCAAAAAAAGAAUACACACAAGCUGAACCUGAAAGGAUGGAAACCAAAAGUGGCUUGAAAGCAACUUUUGAAAGUGAUGAACACACUGUUGAAAAUGUUAUUGAUGAGCAGUCCAGGAUACAGGAUGAAAUUUUAAAAGCUUAUACUGGAAUGGUGGAUAAAGCUAAAUGUAUCCCAGAGUCCAUGGAAUCAACACAAGAGAAAGAGCAUUAUACAAAAUCAGAAGUAGUUGAGAAAGAAGCAGAAUCAUUGGAAGCAAUGUCUUCACUUCCAAGUGUAGAAAGUGUGGAAGGUGAAGAGACGGUUCCAAAGAAUGAGAUUGAAGAGCUACAGCAGAAAGAUUUGUCACCUCUAACAGCAGAGAUGAAAAGCAAAGAGCCUCAGGAAUUAGAAAAGCCAACUAGAGAAUGGAAAUUACCAAAGACAAAAGGGGAUGUACCUUUACCAGAAUUGAGAGAAAGGGAACGAUAUGGUUACGGCUCAGAAGACACGAAAGCACCAAAAAUUACAGCAUAUCAAGAAGAGUUAUUGAAACAAGGCCAUGGAGAAGAAACCGUUCUUGAGAAAAGGAAAGGGUCAAAGUUUGCAAACAGUGAAGAAGCCAAAGAGGCUUCAAGACAAUUACUCAAAGGAGAGAAUGGAAAAACUACUCAAACAGCAGAAGAAAAGAAGCCUAAAAUGAAGGAAAUAACUCCAGAAUUUGAAAAUGCUAGUGGAUUGAAACAGGUUGCAGAAAAAAUGCAUGAGACUGGAAAGAGAGAACAUCAAUCAGAAGAAGUCACUACUAAAAUGGGGGCUGACCCUCCAACACCGAUUGAAAUAACUCGAAACAAAGAAGUUGAAAGGAAAGAGCCUCGCGUAUUAUCAAGGCCAAGCAUAGAGAAUGAAAUGCCAAUGAUAAAGGAUCCACAGCAAGAAAAGGAGGAGGAAAGGCUCAUUCAUGCACUGGAACUAGAAGCAACUACUUCAAAAGAAGAAGGAUUUGCACAAGCUACAAAAAAACUUUCUAAUGCAAAGAGUAACGCUGAGCCAAAAUUUGACAUUGAUAAGCCAAAAGAAUCAAUUGAACCCACAGAAGGAGCUACAACAUCAGAGGUAGUAGCAGAUAAAGGGGCUCAACUAUCAAAAUUUUCAAGCUCAUCAAGCACUCAGCAGCAGUUUGAAGUUGAAGAAAAAGACAAAAAAGAUGCUGAUCAUGAAGUUGGACAUCAAGGGUCACAAGAAAUAAAGGACUCUAAUAUAAAUGUACAAGAGUCAACCAGAAUUGAAACAGAACAAGCAGUUGACAAAAUAGAAAAUCUACAACCACAGUCCCCUGCAGAUCAACAAUGCAUAAUAAACAAAGAUCAGGAACAAAAACAUGAAAUUGAAGAAGAAAGAGCCUAUGAGCAAAGAGAUGAAGUAUGUGGGGAAGACUUUCAAGUAUUAGAGGAGCAAAAAGAAUGUAAAGAGGAAGCGAGUGGAGGGAAAAAGGAGACAAAAUGGUCAAAGAAAUUGUAUGUUCCUUUGGUCUUAGCAGGAACAGCUCUCCUUGUAUCUCUUGUAUUUGUAUUUGUUCGGCAUAGAAAAGCUAGAAAAAGAUAA